GUGGGUGUGUGAGUGACGGCUCUGAGAGAAGUUGCAGCUCGUCUCACCUCUGUUUGACUCUCCGUGAACUGUCGCCACAUUUCGUCGUCAGGAGCUGGCGUGGUGAACACAAGCCGGUCGAAAAGGGGGGGUGAAGUCAUGUUCAGACUCCUCAGUCGCCAAGGUAAGAGGACGCCGAGCUGCCUCGCCGGCCAGCGGCGCUAUGAGCACCACAGGGCCAUCAUGGCCAUCCGUCGCGAGGACGUAAACCCCUGGGAGAGGAGGGCGCCGCUGGCCCCGCGCCACGUCAAAGAGCUGACCCAUGCCGGCGUCAAAGUGCUGGUCCAACCGUCCAAUCGCAGAGCCAUCCAUGAGAAGUACUACCUGAGAGCGGGGGCCGUCAUCCAGGAGGAUAUUUCAGAGGCGUCACUGAUUAUUGGAGUGAAGAGGCCGCCGGAGGAGAAGGUCAUUCCCAGGAAGACGUAUGCAUUUUUCUCCCACACCAUCAAGGCUCAGGAGGCCAACAUGGGGCUGCUGGAGGACCUGCUGAACAAGGAAGUUCGUCUGAUCGACUAUGAGAAGAUGGUCGAUGCCAACGGCUAUCGGAUCGUAGCGUUCGGUCAGUGGGCCGGGGUCGCAGGAAUGAUUAACAUCUUACACGGACUGGGGCUACGUUUCCUGGCUCUCGGGCACCACACCCCCUUCAUGCACAUCGGCAUGGCUCAUAACUACAGAAACGUCAGCCAGGCUAUCCAGGCAGUGAGGGAUUGUGGGUAUGAAAUCUCCAUGGGGCUCGUGCCUAAAUCAAUCGGCCCUGUCACGUUUUGUUUCACUGGCACCGGCAAUGUCUCCAAGGGAGCCCAAGACAUCCUGAAUGAGCUUCCUGUCGAGUAUGUGGAACCUCACGAGUUAAAAGAUGUCUCUAAGACAGGAGACAUGACCAAAGUUUACGCCACUGUCCUGAGCCGACAUCACCACCUGAUGAGGAAGAGCGAUGGCGUGUACGACCCCAUGGAGUAUGAGAAUCACCCAGAACUGUACACAUCUCACUUUAGGACGAGUGUAGCACCGUACACUACCUGCCUUAUCAACGGUAUUUACUGGGACCCCCACACCCCCCGACUCCUCAGACGAACAGAUGCCCAGAGGCUUAUAAGACCAACCAAAAUCUCAGCUGCAUCCGAUGAGGGAUCACCAGGGCUGCCUCAUAAACUUCUGGCCAUCUGUGACAUCUCUGCUGACACCGGGGGCUCCAUCGAGUUCAUGAAUGAGUGCACCACCAUAGAUAAGCCUUUCUGUAUGUACGACGCCGACCAACACAUAGAUCAUGACAGUGUGGAGGGAAACGGGAUCCUGAUGUGCUCCAUCGAUAACCUCCCCGCUCAGCUCCCCAUUGAAGCCACAGAGUACUUUGGAGACCGGCUUUUCCCCUACAUCUGGGAGAUGCUGCCUUCAGACGCCACCAGACCGCUGGACGAGGAGGAGUUCAGCCCGCAAGUCAGAGACGCUGUUAUUACCUCAAACGGAGUCCUGACCCCAAAGUUUGAAUACAUCGAGAAACUUCGAGAACAAAGGGAGAAAGCUCAGAUCUUGAAGAAGACCGGGAUGAAGCGCGUUCUGCUGCUGGGUUCAGGAUAUGUCUCGGGGCCUGUGGUCGAGUAUUUGACACGAGAUGAGAGGACACAGGUCACAGUGGCAUCAGUGCUGCUAAAGCAGGCUGAGGAGCUGGCCACAAAAUAUCCCAACACCAUCCCUGUUGUUCUCGACGUCAGCAGCCAAGAAGGACAUCUCGACUCCCUGGUCAAAGAUCAUGACUUGGUCAUCAGCAUGCUGCCGUACGCGUUCCACCCACUUGUUGCAAAAACAUGCAUCAAGAGGAAGGUGAACAUGGUGACAGCCAGCUACCUGAGUCCUGCCAUGAAGGAGCUGCAGAGCAGUGUGGAGGAUGCGGGCAUCACCAUCGUGAAUGAGAUGGGAUUAGACCCGGGGAUCGAUCACAUGCUUGCCAUGGAGUGUAUCGACCAGGCCAAAGCAGACGGCUGCACAGUGGAGUCGUACAGCUCGUUCUGUGGCGGUGUUCCUGCUCCUGAAUGUUCAGACAAUCCUCUUCGCUACAAGUUCAGCUGGAGUCCAUACGGCGUCCUCCUCAACACCAUCAGCCCCGCCAUCUUUCUCCAAAACAACGAGGUGGUGACCAUCCCAGCUGGUGGCUCCCUGAUGGACUCCAGCGAGCCGAUGGAUUUCCUUCCUGGUUUCAACCUGGAGGGAUUUCCAAACCGCGACAGCACCAAGUACGCCGAGCAGUAUGGCAUCGAGACAGCACACACACUGAUCAGAGGAACACUUCGCUUCCAGGGCUUCUCAAAGGCCAUGAGUGGGUUUGUCAAACUGGGUCUGAUCAACAGUGAGCCACGUCCGAUUCAGCACCUCACAUCCUGGAAAGAGCUCCUCUGUAAGCAGAUGGGAUUAUCCCCUUCAGUUUCCCAGGAUGCCUUUGAAGGCGCCGUAUAUGAGCGCAUUGGAAAAGACGACUUCAGGAUGGACAGCCUUAGAUGGUUUGGGAUGCUGGGCGAUGAGUUGGUGCCUCAUGCUGACAGUGUGCUGGCUGCUUUGGCGAAACAUCUGGAAGCUAAACUGUCCUUUGAUAAAGGAGAGCGAGACAUGGUCAUUCUGAGGACUGACGUGGGGCUUCGUCACCCGACUGGCGAGCUGGAGACCAAACAUCUUAGUCUGGUGGUUUAUGGAGAACCCAACGGCUACUCUGCCAUGGCGAAGACUGUAGGAUACCCAGCAGCCAUUGCUGCUCGCAUGGUCCUUGAUGGUGAAAUAAAUACAAAGGGACUGGUGGUCCCAAUGACAAAGGAGGUCUAUGGGCCGGCAUUGGCCCGACUGAAGGAGGAGGGACUUCACUUUAUGUCUAAGAGCACCCUGCAGGAGUAGAGCUGAGGCUCACAGUAGAUCAGCAGAUAAUCACUGUAAAUCCUGUCAUACCACGCCAGGAAAAUGUUUCAAAUCCAGCACUAUCAGCUGCCUUUUCAAGUUUAUCUAGACUCAAAUUCACGUCUGAAUGUCAUCAGUGAGCAAAAUUCUAUUUUUACUCCCCCCCUCAGGGUUCUGAUAAAAUAUUAGUUUUAUUUUUGUAAGAAAAUACAAGAAAGGUUUAGAAAUGUAAAUGCAGGAAAAGCCAAAUAGGUCAAAUGGAUGAAUCCCUAUAAGAUAUUUUAUUCUCUAAAAUGGCUCUUGGUUUAGUUCACCAUGCAAAGAUUAUGGUCAAAUUUAAUGUUCAGUUUAAUAUCAGCAAUCUGAGUUUGUCAAUAUGUCAAACUGAAUUUUCUUCACUGAUGUAAGCUGCUGCAGAGAACAGUUCUUCUGUGAAGAUGUCUAAAAGAUUGACAGAUAAGAAAAUUGUGCAAAGGUAAUCCUAGUUUGUUAGUGAGUUUGUCCUGACAGUUGUGGAAACAAACAUGUCUGCUGUCUAAGAUUUAUUUCAGUGUAAGUACAGAAAUACUCAAUGAUUUCUUUUUUUUGUAGAAUGAGGUCAACUUAGCAGUAAAUGUGAGAUAAAUUUUUUUUUCCUCUGGUAGGCUCGCUUAGCUAAGAUUUUUACAAGGAAAACACGGAUCUCUGCAAAAUAUAAUGUUUUAUUCAUUUUAGAAAAGGAACUCUAAAUUUGUGCCAAGUAAAUUAAAGAGCUUCAUUAGAUGCUGCUUUUGUGUUAGUGAAAGGAGUUAAAAACCCAUCAGCUGAACUUGAAUUGAUUAGAUUUGUUAUUUUAAGCCUUGCUACCAGAAAUGUUCUGAGUGAAAACCUUAGAGAUUUAGAAUUUGCAUUAAUGUUGUCCUGCCAAUGAAGCUCCCCAGUUCUGGACUUCUUGCAGUUUGAAAGCAUUAAUUUAUGUGACGUUGUAAGAGCAUUAAGGCUCAUUUAUGCUAACUUAUGAAAAUAGAUCUGUGUGCUUUGAACAUUACAAUCAUCUUUGCUGUCAUACUUAUGUCUGUUAUGUUGGAGUGGUGAAUGAAAAAAUAAUCCUCUAGAGGUAGCUGUCUCUCCCCGAGCAACUAGGGCUGGGCAGUUAAUCCAAAAUUAGAUUAAAUCCCAAUAUGGCCAGCUGCAAUUUUCAAAUCGCUGAAAGUGCAAUAUUUCUUUGACCUGAAAUUUGUGUCAAAA